CUGCGUUCACUUCUCACUGAGGACUGAACUGCUGCUGUUGAAGAUGACGGAUUUCGUUUCAAGCAUUUCAAAUGGUCUGGAAACAAUGUACAAUGCUUCUACUAAGUCCAAGAAGGUGUUUGCAAUAAUCAUUCUGAUAUUGUUAAUUUAUCCAACUUUAGAACUUGGAGUUGAUUCUGUCACACAACAACCACCACCCCCAGCCCCAGAUCAAGCACUACCUCCUGCUCCACUGAUGAAGCCAGUGAAGGUCUUUCUCCUCAUCACAGGGCAAACCUACCAGGCUCACCAGCAGAUCCUGGACAAGCUGAACGCUCAGGGGUCAAAGGUCAUGAUUACAGAUGCACAACAGUGUGAUCUCAUCCUACUGUUCUGUCCAAUCCUGUCGCGAGUCCGGUCUGAUGUGGAGGCGGCUUUCAGAAAGAUUCCAGAAGACGCUCAAGGUAAACAAGUGGUUCUAGUUCAGAUGCAUCACACUCGUAAACCGGAGCAGGUGCUGAACCAGAUCCAGUGGAAGGAGCAGUUCCCCAUCAUCAUCCAGGAUGUCCAGGUUCUGUACCAUGAGACCCAGAAUGGACUGCUCCAGUGUCCCAGGAACGAGCGGGCCCUCCACGCCCUCCAGAGCAUGUUUGCUGAAUUCGAGAAUAAGAUGGCGACUCAAAGGUUUUUUGGCAAACGUUCCAGAGAAAAGUCAUCAGAUCUCAAUACAGAUUCAGUGAGUGAAGACCCAGUCUAUAAAGGUGCUCUGGAAACAAUGUACAAUGCUUCUACUAAGUCCAUGGCGGCCUUUGCAAUAAUCAUUCUGAUUUUGUUAAUUGAUCCAACUUUAGAUGCUCUGGAAACAAUGUACAAUGCUUAUACUGACUUCAAGAAGCCGUUUUCAAUUUUCAUUCUGAUAUUGUUAUUUUAUCCAACUUUCCAUGCUCUGGAAACAAUGUACAAUGCUUCUACAAAGUCCAAGAAGGUGUUUCCAAUAAUCAUUCUGAUAUUGUUAAUUUAUCCAACUUUAGGUGCUCUGGAAACAAUGUACAAUGCUUCUACUAAAUCCAUGGCGGCCUUUGCAACACUCAUUCUGAUUUUGUUAAUUGAUCUACAUUCAGAUGCUCUGGAAAAAAUGUACAAUGCUUCUCUUAAAUCCAAGAAGGUGUUUGCAAUAAUCAUUCUGACAUUGUUGAUUUAUCUAACUUUAGGUGCUCUGGAAACAAUGUACAAUGCUUCUACUAAAUCCAUGGCAGCCUUUGCAAUACUCAUUUUGAUAUUGUUAAUUGAUCUACAUUCAGAUGCUCUGGAAAAAAUGCGCAAUGCUUAUACUGAACCCACGGUGUUGGUUGCAAUGUUCAUGCUGACAUUGUUAAGUUAUCGAACUUUAAAGGGUCUGAAAACAAUCUACAAUAUUUAUACUAAAUACAUGGAGCUGUUUAAUAUAAACAUUAAGCCAUUGUUCAAACUUCAGCCUUCAGAUGCUCUGAAAAAAAUGCCUGAUGCUUCUCCUAAAUCCAUGGCAGCCUUUGCAAUACUCAUUCUGAUAUUGUUCAUUCAUCGAACUUUAAAGGCUCUGAAAACAAUCUACAAUAUUUUUAAUAAAUUAUUGGAGGCAUUUAUUCUAAUCAUUCUGACAUUGUUCAUUCGUCUCCCUUUAGUGGCUCUGAUAACAAUCGACAAUAUUUGUACUAAAUUCAUGGAGCUGUUUAAUAUAAACAUUGAGCCAUUGUUCAAUCUUCAGCCUUCAGAGGUUCUGAAAACAAUCAACAAUAUUUUUACUAAAUCCAAGGCGGCGUUUGAAAUAAUCAUUCAGACAUUGUUCAAUCUUCAGCCUUCAGUGAUGAAGCAAGUGAAGGUCUUCCUCCUCAUCACAGGACAAACCUACCAGGCUCACCAGCAGAUACUGGACCAGCUGAAUGCUCAGGGGUCAAAGGUCAUGAGUACAGAUGACCCGCAGCAGUGUGAUCUCAUCCUACUGUUCUGUCCAAUCCUGUCGCGAGUCCGGUCUGAUGUGGAGGCGGCUUUCAGAAAGAUUCCAGAAGACGCUCAAGGUAAACAAGUGGUUCUAGUUCAGAUGCAUCACACUCGUAAACCGGAGCAGGUGCUGAACCAGAUCCAGUGGAAGGAGCAGUUCCCCAUCAUCAUCCAGGAUGUCCAGGUUCUGUACCAUGAGACCCAGAAUGGACUGCUCCAGUGUCCCAGGAAUGAGCGGGCCCUCCACGCCCUCCAGAGCAUGUUUGUUGAAUUCAAGGAAAAUAUGGCUAAAUAACACAACCCUGUCUGAGGUUUUGGGUGAUGUUUUAAUGUAACUGUUCUUUAUGUAAUGAGACAAUAAUGAUAAAAAAAAAAAAAAAAAAAAAAACAACAUUCAAACUUUUACCAGAUGUCAGCUGAAACUUUGGCUCUUGGCCUCUGAGUAGUUCGCCAUCCCUGGUUUAGCCUGUUCUUUAUAUUGCAGGUGUGAAACUGUGACAAAACAUAAGUGAUCUUACAAAUAAAUACAGCAAACCACAUCUAUAUGAUAAUGCUAAUCAAAUGUUCUCCAGUAACUCAAUGCAAAUUAGCAUUGUAAUAAGCAUGUAAAUAGUUCACGAAAUGCACAAACUCGUGUGCUAUUGCAACUCUUUGUAUGUAGGUCUGGACCAGGGCUCUAUACAGCGUCUGCAGACUGUUCAGAAUGCUGCAGCUCGGCUUCUGACCAAAACAAAGAGACGGGAGCACAUUACGCCUGUUCUGUGCACUUUACAUUGGCUCCCUAUUGCUUUUCGGGUAAAAUUCAAAGUGUUAUUGAUUAUUUUUAAAUGUCUUAACUUUAUGGGCCCAGCCUAUCUUAGGGAGCUGCUGCAGCCUUAUACUCCUCCCAGAGCUCUGAGGUCAGCUGACCAGCUUCUACUUACUGUGCCUAAAGCUCGCCUCAAAACUAGGGGUGACAAGGCCUUUUCUGUGGCAGCGCCCAAAUUGUGGAAUAGUCUCCCUUUGUCUGUCCGAUCAUCUGAGUCUGUUACUCAGUUUAAGUCUCGGCUCAAAACUUAUCUUUUC